AUGGUUGCCCCCCAGAGGCAACCUGAAGAUCUUCAGAAGGAGCCCUUUCAGCUGGAGGCUCCUGCUUAUCCUGCUUCUAAUCAUGGCUGGGGAACCAUGAACCCAAUAAAACUCCCCUCAGGGAAAGGCUCUCAGAAUGGAGGCCAAGUACUGGGCAGCACCCCCGGGGUGUCCCAGUGCAGCUCCCCCGCAGUGACAACAGCCCUGUGCUCCACGAGGGGACAAACCCAUCCCGUUCGGCACCGCACAUGCCGCUCCUUGCAGCACCCCCGGGGUGUCCCUGGGCAGCUCCCCCGCAGUGACAACAGCCCUGUGCUCCACGAGGGGACAAACCCAUCCCGUUCGCGCCUCGAUGGCGCCGGGGAGGGGCUGAUGCUCUCCUGCCCCGCCACGACCAAGAGGAGCGCUUUGGGAGCUCCAGGCAGGCACGUCCCGCGUCCAGGAGAGCACCCCUCGGUAAGGCAGGCGAGCAUCCAGCUGUGUGUGCGGGGAGGCAAAUUCCGCUGUUCCCCGCGGCCCGUGCGGGAGGAUGGGGCGGGGGUGUCCCCGCGGCCUCCCGCCGGCAGGCGGCGCCCGCGCCCCUCCGGCACCGCGCCAUUCCCGGCGCUGCUUCCCGUUCCCGUUCCCGUCAGCCGGGGGGGACCCGCACAAGGCUGCCGUACCGAGCACCGGAACUUCACGCUAUUUACACAUUUCCACAAUCAAGGGCAUCGGCAUUCACUGGUUGAAAAUUACUUACGGCUCAGCCCCGCUGACUUCGCUCCUGCUGGCUCUCGCCCGGACAGCCCAUUGGGGCCGCACUCCCUUAAAAUCCUGGCCGAGCACCCGGCGCUACACGCAGCUGCAGGAUGGGUGCCGCCCCCUUGGGUGCUGUGCCCCUACGACGUCCAUCACCGCGUCCCCCGCGCGUCGCUGGAGAGGCACGCGGCGUCCUGCCGGCUCCGCAGGAUGGGGUACUCCGCCGAGGAGGAGGCCGAGAUGUACGACUCCAGCUUUUUCUACGAAAACCUGAAGGUUCCCACCGUCGCCAUGGAUAAAGAUCUACAGUUUCACAUUGUUAAGCAGGCUAGAGCCCAAAGUGCAAAGGAAGGUACAGGCUACAGCGAAGGAUCUUACUCAUUACUGCCCAUAGAAGUUCCUCAAAACCACAAGCGUUUCACCUGUGACCUGACCCAAGCUGACCGCCUUGCUCUUUACGACUACGUUGUUGAGGAAACAAAGAAACAGAGGUCUAGAUCCCAGAUAACAGAAAAUGACAGUGAUCUCUUCGUGGAUUUAGCAGCAAAAAUCACCCAAGAUGAUAGUCAGAAAGGUCCAAAGUCCCAUCUUGAAAUUCUGGCUGAAAUGCGAGAUUACAAAAGGCGGCGGCAGUCAUACAGAGCUAAGAACGUUCAUAUAACGAAGAAAUCCUACACUGAGGUGAUUCGGGAUGUGAUUGGUGUACAUAUGGAAGAACUCAGCAAUCAGUGGCAGGAGGAGAACAGGCUGGAUAAUGCAGAGGUAUCUGAAGGAGGGAAGUCAAAGUCUUCAGGAAGAAGGGAAGACAGGCGCUCAGCUUCAGUGGACUCACGGCAGUCUGGGGGAAGCAGUAAGGAUACAGAAUGCACGAGACACAGGAGAGACACCAGCAGGAGUCCAAGCAAACGAAGAAGGAGUCGUGAGAGAGGCAGAGACAGAGACUCUCGGAGAAAGAGAGAGAGGGAUGAAGACAAGUAUCACAACCAUAAAAGAAGAAAGUAGAAACAAAAACCUGAUGAUUUUGUUCAUCAGCUGUUCAAAACAUAACUUCCACAAGAACUAUUGUUAUUGCCGUUUCGCCCAAGACAGUAAAGGUGUGCACAUAAUACUGGUGUUGCACUGCACCUGUGCUGCUUGGAGACAAAAAAGUGCUAAGGUGUGUCAGGAUGGAAGCAGUGUAUUUCAGAUAAUGUGUAAAUCUGUACCAUUUAUACAUCUGUUAAUAAAUUAUAUUGAUCUUU